UCUCAUUGGGGCUUAUCCCAUCUUACCUCCAUACUCAACAUUACCGGCGGCAGCCUCAAACUCCAAUACAGCGCAGCCUUCUCUUCUCUCCGGUAUCUUUCUACAACGAAACUUCGAAGCUCUCUCUCUCUCUCUCUCUGCUGUAAGCAGCAAGUACGCCAUCUUCUCCCCCGCAUCAUCUCGGAGAUGAAGCCAACCAAUCACGUCUACCCCAUCCUCGUCUUCCUCCCCCUCAUCAUCUUCCUUCCGCCAUUCGUCCUCUCCCAAAACUCCACCCCUACCCGCUGCCCCCUCGACUUCUCCAUCGCUAAACCCUACGUAUCCGCCGCCGCCUCCUCCCCACCCUCCGACCUCUGCGGCUUCUCUCUCCAAAUCCUCCACCUCGUCGAAUCCCACUACCUCCUCACCUCCAAUCUCUUCGUCCCCCCUUCUUCCUCCGCCUCCUCCUGCUGGUCUGAUCUCUCCUCCCUUCUUUCCCCCUUCUCCAUCUCGCUCCCUUCCUCCUGCAACUUAUCCGUCCCCUCCAUCUCUCUCCCCUGCAUGAACCUCACCUCCCGCGCCGCUUUCACUGCCUUGCUCCCUUCCCAUGCCCUCACCGAUCUCAACUCCUCCUGCGACAGGCCGCUCUCGUCUUCCUCCUCCUGCACUUCCUGCACCACCACAAUUAACCGUGUCAAAGCCUCUUACCUAGUUGGACCGGAUGUCUCCAAUGCCACUGAUUGCUCUGAUUACCCUUUCAUCUAUGCGGCGGCCGCAGCCAAUCGCUUCGGUCCAAGUGAUUCCUCCACUGCUUAUUGUCUCUUUCUUCUUCAAAUUUCAUCACCAUCCUCCUCUUCUGGUGGAGGCUCUGCUCUUCCCGCCGGAAUUGCAGCAGCUGCGGCUGCCCUAAUUGCCAUCGUAGCGUUUGUCGCAUGGUAUUUUAUCCGCCGGCGACGGCGGCGGCGGAGGAAAAGGUGGAGCCAAACUCCUGCGAGAUCUGAUCCGCUGAUCGGCAGCAGCACAACUCUGAUCAAGUUUAGCUUCGAGGAGAUUCGCACGGCGACUAGAAAUUUUUCUAGAGAGAAUAUGAUUGGGAGGGGAGGAUAUGGGAAUGUAUACAAAGGUGUUCUCAAGGAUGGGAGUGAGGUUGCUGUCAAGCGUUUCAAGAAUUGCUCUGCCGCUGGGGAUGCGAGCUUUGUGCAUGAGUUGGAGGUGAUUUCGAGCGUUCGUCAUGUGAACCUGGUGGGUCUUAGAGGGUACUGCACGGCGACUACAUCUAUGGAGGGCCAUCAGAGGAUUAUUGUCUGUGAUUUGAUUGCAAAUGGGAGCCUUCAUGAUCAUCUUUUUGGUUCUGGAGUGAAGAAAUUGAGCUGGCCGGCGAGGCAGAAGAUUGCAGUGGGGACGGCGAGGGGGCUGGCUUAUUUGCAUUGCGGUGCACGGCCGACGAUCAUUCACAGAGACAUAAAGGCUAGUAAUAUUCUAGUUGAUGAGAGAUUUGAGGCCAAGGUGGCUGAUUUUGGCCUUGCUAAGUUCGCACCUGAAGGCAUGUCUCAUGUGAGUACCAGAGUUGCUGGAACUUUGGGCUAUGUUGCUCCUGAAUAUGCUCUUUUUGGGCAGUUAACUGAGAAAAGUGAUGUUUUUAGCUAUGGAGUUGUGAUGCUUGAGCUUUUGAGUGGAAAGAAGGCAUUUAGAACAAGUGAAGAUGGACAGAAUUGGCUUGUGACUGACUGGGCUUGGUCCCUGGUUAGAGAAGGGAGAGCGUUGGAUGUAAUUGAGGAAGGUAUGGAGGAAUUGGGGCCUAAUGAGGCAUUGGAGAGGUAUGUGCUUGUUGCAGUGCUGUGUUCACAUCCACAGCUUCAUGCGAGGCCGACUAUGGAUCAGGUUUUGAAGAUUUUAGAUAGUGAUUUGACAGUGCCGCCGAUCCCUGACCGCCCUAUAUCUAUCAUAGCAAAUAAGGAGGAGAUUGAGAAGUCAAUGAGCAGCAGCAGCUCAGGCCAACUUUUCUCUCCUCCUGGAUACAACCAAUAUAUUCAGAAUAUGGAUGGAACUCCUCACCAAGGUUCUGAGGUUUUGUGAUGCUUUCUUUCUGAGUUUUGUGACCUUAUCAUGAGGUUUUCUUUUAGUUCCAAUGCAUAUACAUUUGUUAAAUUUGUAUGUAUAUUACUAAAUAGAAUGAGCCUCUAAGUUUGGCAAUCAA